ACAACCGCGCGCGCGCGUGCACGCACAGAAGGCGGAAAUGCAGCGGAUGUCGCUGAGCUUCAGGAUUACAGACUCUGUCCGUGGAGCUCUGCUGAGCUCGUGAUGACCGGGAAGCACUUCUUCAGCGAGACGGACAUCAAGAGCUCAUGGGAGCAGGUGCUGACGGCCUUCUGGCAGAGAUACCCAAACCCAUACAGCACUCAUGUUCUGACGGAGGACGUAGUUUUCCGCGAGGUGACGCCGGAUAACCUGCUCCUGACCCGGCGGCUCCUGACGAAGACCAAUCGUCUCCCUCGAUGGGCGGAGCGCGUCUUCCCCGGAAAUCUGUCGCGCUCCGUGUACAUCAUCGAGGAUUCGGUCGUCGACCUCGGAAACAGAAGCCUCACGACGCUGACCUGGAACGUAAACCACGCUAAACUCAUGCGUGUGGUGGAGCGCUGUGUGUUCGUGGGCGAGCGAGACCGGUCUGUUUGGACGCGGAUCACCAGAGAAGCCUGGGUCUCUUCAGGAGUGUUCGGUCUCUCCCGACCCAUUCAGGAGUUCGGUUUGGCCAGAUUCAGGAGCAAUCAGGUGAAAUCGAUGAAGGGUUUGGAGCAUGCACUGUCCAAUCUACAGAAAGCGUCGGCCGUGUGUCCCGGAGAUUCUGCAGAGAAACACAAAAACACGAAUUCAGCCUCCAAAACCCAGAAACCUCAGCAAUACAUAUGAUCAGCUUGAACAAAGAGGGAAUUUCAUCAUCACAUCAGGUCACCCCAAAAAAAAAUCAGAAGAAAAUGAAAGGAAUACCACAAUGAUUUUUAGGAAUAUCACAAUUUUAUCAUCAUAAGUACCCCAGUUCUCGUGACUGAUAUGCAAAAAGAUUAUUUAAACUGUGAAAUAUUUAUUUAUAUAUCAUUUGUAUCAUUUGUUGUACUGCCUUUAAGAUCAUUUCAAUUAUUUAUUUAUUUUAAAUCACUGUAUCGUUUAAUUACAAUAAAGAAUAACCGCAAAACUGAGUUUAUAUCACAGUUCUGAGUUUAAAUUUCGCAAUUCUUUUUAUAUCGCAAUUCUGGAGUUUAAAUCUUGUGAGUUAAAAUUUAAAUCUUGCAAUUCUGAGUUAAAUAUCAUAAUUCUGAGUUUAAAUCUCGCAAUUAUGUAUUUUAAUCUCGCUAUUCAGAGUUUAACUCUCAAUAUUCUGAGUUUACAUUUGGUAAUUCUGAGUUUAAAUCUUGCAAUCCUGAGUUUAAAUCACGUAAAUCUGAGUUUACAUUUGGUAAUUCUGAGUUUGAAUCAUGCAAUUCUGAUUUUAAAUCUCACAAUUCUGGGUUUAAAUCACGUAAUUCUGAGUUUAAAUUCAUAAUUCUGAGUUUAAAUUCAUAAUUCUGAGUUUAAAUCUUGCAAUUCUGAUUUUAAAAUCGCAAUUCUGAGUUUUAAUUUCGUAAUUCUGAGUUUAAAUCUUGAAAUCCUGAGUUUAAAUCACGUAAUUCUGAGUUUACAUUUGGUAAUUCUGAGUUUGAAUCAUGCAAUUCUGAUUUUAAAUCUCACAAUUCUGAGUUUAAAUCACGUAAUUCUGAGUUUAAAUUCAUAAUUCUGAGUUUAAAUCUUGCAAUUCUGAUUUUAAAUCGUGCAAUCCUGUUUCAAUCGCGUAAUUCUGAGUUUUCAUUUCGUAAUUCUGAGUUUAAAUCUUGGAAUCCUGAGUUUAAAUCACGUAAUUCUGAGUUUACAUUUGGUAAUUCUGAGUUUGAAUCAUGCAAUUCUGAUUUUAAAUCUCACAAUUCUGAGUUUAAAUCACGUAAUUCUGAGUUUAAAUUCAUAAUUCUGAGUUUAAAUUCAUAAUUCUGAGUUUAAAUCUUGCAAUUCUCAUUUUAAAUCGCGCAAUCCUGUUUCAAUCGCGUAAUUCUGGGUUUUCAUUUCGUAAUUCUGAGUUUAAAUCUUUAAAUCCUGAGUUUGAAUCAUGUAAUAUCCUGUUUCAAUCGUGUAAUUCUGAGUUUAUAUCAUGCAAUUUUGAUUUUAAAUCCCAUAAUUCUUUUAAUUUUUUUUUAGUUUUAAUUUCGUAAUUCUGAGUUUUAAUCAUGCAUUUCUAAGUUUGCACAAUUCGGUUUAAAAUGUGAAAUUCUGCCUUCAAAUCUUGUAAUUCUGAGUUUGUAUCUCACAAUACUUAUUUAAUAUUUUUCAAUUCUGAGUUUAAAUCUGACAAUAGUUUUUUGUUUCAGCCUCAGAAUUCUGAGAAAAAAUUGCCGAAUUGCAAGAUAAAAAGGUCAAAAUUACUUUUUUUUUUAAUCCUUCAUAGAAAUAAGACCUGGACAUGUUUUCAUGUGAACCCUGAGAAUCCUGUGAUGUGACCUUACUUCAUGGAUGCUAAUUAAAGUAACGGUGAAGCUCAGUUAACGAUAAAUGUGAAGACUGAGGAUUAAUCUCGCUCUGAGAUCAUGCUGUCCUGUACUGUAUGUGUUUAGAAAUUAGAUUAGAAAACUCAGGGACAGAUACUUCGCAAUUGUUUACAAUUGACACUGUCACCCUGCAGUGUUUCUGAAGUAACGCACAGUAGAACGUGCUGUUGUGUUUUAUUUAUAUUUAUUUAAGCUCCAGAUGAUCUCCAAUAUCUUAUUCUUUUGUAAUUUAAAAAAAUAUAUUCAAAAUAUUUUUACUAGUGGUCUCAGACAUUUGGACCCAACUGUUUUAGGAUUUAAAAUCAUAAAAUGCAUUGAGGUAUAACAUAUCAUUUUAUCAAAUCAAUUACGAGUUUAUAUUAAAUAAAUAAUUGCAUUUCAGGUCACAAGUUCAAAGCGAUCAAUCUCUUACAAAUGUGCUGUUUUAAUUCAUUUCUAGUUGAAUAAAUGCAUCAUAUAUUAUAAUUUUAGAAUUUAUGAAACAAUAUUUUGUUGUAAGAUUUGUUUUUCUGUAUUCACAAUGUUUUUAAAUGCAUUCCUUCACAGAUGAUUUAGUUUAUUGUUGUGAAAAUGAAUAUUUCACUGUUCAGUAGCUGUAUUUUGCUUUUGCUUGAAAAAGACGAGACAUGGUAUCUUUAAAUAAAGAAACAAAUGAUGAAA